CAACGUUCUCUCAACUGUUCUGCCAACCUCACUAUUUCAAUUCCAUCUCCAUUCUCCACAGUCCGCACCCAUCUCUUUCUCUCUCUAAAACACAAAUCAUACAUUCCUUUAAAGUGAAGCAAGAAUAAACCCAACCCAUUUUACUUUUUAUCUCACAGAGAAAAGGCAAUACCCAGAUAGAGACCACGGCUCACCCCCCACUCGAUACCCACACGGAAAGCCUUGAAAGUUUGGGUUUUUAUUGUCUAUUAUAUCUACUCUCUCUCUCUAAAGCCCUUCCAUUCUUUUUCAUGUUUUCAGAGACACAACCACUCUUCUAAGAAUCCAAGAUGGUAAUCAAAAACGGCAAUGAUAUUCCUAUUGUGUCCUCCGACGACCUCUCCAACCCAUUCGGCCAAUUGGGUUUGGACAUAUCCGACACCGAGCUCCGAGAAACCGCCUACGAGAUAUUAGUGGGAGCUUGCCGGAGCUCCGGUGGGAGGCCGUUGACUUUCGUUUCGCAGUCCGAGAGGGCCAUUGAGAGGUCCACGUCCAUGUCGUCUUCGCCCUCGUUGCAGAGGUCGCUGACGUCCACGGCGGCGAGUAAGGUCAAGAAGGCCUUGGGGUUGAAAUCGUCAAAGAAGAGCUCCGACUCAGUGAGUCAGGACUCAGAGAGUUUGGGGAAGGCCAAGCGACCCGUGACUAUUGGUGAGCUCAUGAGGUUUCAGAUGAGGGUUUCGGAGCAGACUGAUUCCAGGAUUAGGCGUGCCCUGUUGAGAAUUGCUGCUGGACAGCUUGGAAGGCGCAUUGAGUCAAUAGUUCUACCACUAGAGCUAUUGCAGCAGUUCAAGUCUUCAGAUUUUCCAAAUCCGCGAGAAUAUGAAGCAUGGAAAAGGAGAAAUUUGAAGAUUCUCGAAGCUGGACUAAUUUUGCAUCCUCAUCUGCCCUUGGAUAAGAGAGACGCUGCUUCACAACAGCUUCGGCAGAUUAUUUACGGGGCCUUAGAAAGGCCCAUAGAGACUGGAAAGCGCAGUGAAUCAAUGCAAGCUCUUCGCAGCUCUGUGAUGUCUCUUGCUUGCAGAUCAUUUGACGGGUCCAUCUCUGGAACAUGCCACUGGGCGGACGGAGUUCCUUUGAAUCUCCGACUCUAUGAAAUGCUUCUAGAAGCUUGCUUUGAUGCAAGUGUAGAAACAUCCGUCAUUGAAGAAGUUGAUGAGGUUUUAGAGCUCAUAAAGAAGACAUGGGUAAUACUUGGAAUAAACCAGAUGCUGCAUAAUCUUUGCUUUUCAUGGAUAUUAUUUCACCGUUAUGUUGCAACUGACCAAGUUCAGAGUGACCUGCUCUUUGCCGCCAAUAAUUUGUUAUUGGAGGUUGAAAAGGAUGCAAAGGCGACAAAGGAUCAAGCUUACUCCAAUAUAUUGAGCUCUACAUUGAGUUUGAUGUUGGAUUGGGCAGAAAAAAGACUACUUGCUUACCAUGAUACGUUUUACGGUGGAAAUGUUGAUCUAAUGCAGAAUGUCAUAUCACUGGGCGUCUCAGCAGCCAAGAUAUUGGUUGAAGACAUCUCUCAUGAAUACCGUAGAAAGAGGAAAGAUGUUGAUGUAGCACACAACAGGGUUGAAACUUACAUCAGGUCAUCUAUACGUUCUGCUUAUGCUCAGGAAAUGGAGAAGGUAAACUCAAGCAAGCGGUUGUCUAAAAAUCAACAAAGUCCUCUUCCUGUCCUUUGCAUACUUGCUCAAGGCAUUUAUGAACUGGCUUUUAAUGAAAAGGAGAUAUACAGUCCCAUACUGGAGAGAUGGCACCCGCUUCCAACAGGUGUAGCUGUAGCCACCCUUCAUUCUUGCUAUGGGAAUGAAUUGAAGAAAUUUGUUUCGGGUAUUAGUGAGUUGACACCUGAUGCUGUACAAGUGUUACUUGCUGCUGACAAGUUGGAAAAAGAUCUUGUGCAAAUUGCAGUUCAAGAUUCUGCGGAUAGUGAGGAUGGUGGGAAGGCAAUCAUGCAGGAGAUGACUCCUUAUGAGGCUGAAGGUAUAAUUGCCAAUCUGGUGAAAACAUGGAUAAGGACAAGAGUGGACAGACUGAAGGAGUGGGUUGAUAGAAAUCUGCAACAAGAGGUGUGGAAUCCUCGGGCAAACAAAGAGAGAUUUGCUCCCUCUUCAGUUGAAGUUUUACGAAGCAUAGACGAAACUUUGGAAGCAUUCUUUUUGUUGCCUAUACCGAUGCAUCCGGUUUUGCUAUCUGACUUGAUGAGUGGGCUUGAUAAAUGCCUUCAACAUUACAUAUUGAAGGCAAAAUCUGGCUGUGGAUCCCCAAAUACUUUUGUUCCAACCAUGCCAGGUUUGACCAGAUGUACAACUGGAUCAAAAUUCAAUGGUGUAUUUAAGAAGAAAGAAAAGUACCACAUGGCUCAGAGGAGGAAACCUCAGGUUGGGACCAUAAAUGGGGAUAACUCCUUCGGUAUACCACAACUAUGUGUUCGCAUUAAUACUCUACAGUACAUUCGGAAGGAGUUGGAAGUUCUAGAAAAGAGGACAAUCAUCCAUUUGAGGAAAUCUGGGUCAACUCAUGUGGAUGAUGCCGUAAAUGGGUCAGGAAAAAUGUUUCAGCAUUCAGCAGCUGCUUGUGUGGAAGGGAUCCAGCAACUCUGUGAGGUGACUGCAUACAAGGUCGUAUUUCAAGACCUAAGUCCUGUCUUUUGGGAUAGUCUGUAUGUGGGCGAAGCUUCGUCUUCCAGGAUUGAGCCUUUUCUCCAAGAACUUGAGCAAAAUUUGGAGAUUAUAUCAUCAACAGUGCAUGACAGAGUCCGAACACGUGUGAUUACUGACAUAAUGAAAGCUUCAUUUAAUGGGUUCUUAUUGGUUUUGCUUGCGGGAGGCCCUUCUCGUGCUUUUACUCAGCAAGAUUCUGUUGUAGUAGAGGAGGAUUUCAAGUUUCUCAUGGAUCUCUUCUGGUCUAAUGGUGAUGGAUUGCCAGCUGACUUGAUAGAUAAGUUUUCUACUAAUGUGAAGCGUGUCCUUCCCCUUUUCCAUACUGAUACUGAGAGCCUAAUUGAGCAAUUCAGAGGUGUAACACUAGAAAGCUGUGCCGCCUCUGCUAAAUCAAGGCUUCCGUUGCCUCCAACUUCAGGUCAGUGGAGUCCAAGUGAACCAAACACACUCUUGCGAGUUUUAUGUUAUCGAAAUGAUAAGAUGGCAACAAAGUUCCUAAAGAAAACCUACAACUUACCAAAGAAACUGUAACAGAACUUUGAGUCAUCAGUGGAUACCAUACUGCUUCGGUAGCUCUGGGACAUUCUUGUAGUUUUACUGGUAUUUGCCACCGUAUCCAACAUCGGAGUUUCCAAUGAUAUGCUUUAAGGGGGGGCUUUUGGAACUGAGCAUGUCUACAUUGGAAGCAAAAAUGCUUCUAUUGUACAGAUAUUUAUGGCUGAAUUUGGUUGAAGUCCUUGCCACUUUAGUCAUGCAAGAACUUGACGGGCACAGUGGACUUGCUCCUCAUCAUAGUCAUCCAGGAGUUGAGAAGGCUUGUGAAGUUGAAUUUCAACAGAAGGCAGUUAACAUUGAUUAUUAUUCUUCCACAUUAGAGAAUAUGUCCGUUCUACCACAUCUAACUUAUUGAGGUUCUUUCGCCCCCAUGAAAGUUUCCGGCUUUCUUAUACUUCUCUUCCACUGGCUUUCUUAUACUUCUCUUCCACUUCAGGUCAGGACAAUUUGGGGGAUAGAUAGAGAGAGAUUAAGCUAUUAAUUACAGAAAUUUGGAAGGUAUACGCUUGUUUCGUAGUCUGGGAGUGUGUUCUGUAGCUGCUUGUGUAUAAUAAUGUAAAGUUCUUUUAUGAGGUUUUUUUGCCAA